GAAGUUCCCAAUUAAGUGCCCGACUGCCCGUCACACGGUGCCCGGCUGGCGAAACUUUUUUACUUUUUUCUAUCUCACUUUCAGUCCCAGCAACGAAACAUCAAGGAAAUAAACUUGGUAAACUUUAUAUAACUUUAGGGUACUCACCGUCUACAGUCAUGGACGGACUGCGAGACUCCUCUUCGCCUGCUUUGGCUUUCGAAAAGGACGCGUUGCAGCUCACAGUGGAGGAUGUUUAUGACAUUUCUUACGUGAUCGGGAGAGAUUUGUUAAAAAUUAGCAAGGCGGGUGCACAUGUUUCUGACCUACAAUUCCGAAUUGUCCGUGUUUUGGAGAUGUUUGAGGUGUUGGUCAACAAGUACAACCUGUCUUUGGAGGAGUUGAAAAUGGAGAGAGACAGCCUGAAACGAGAACUGGACCGAGUGGUCGGGGAAAAAUCAUCUGAACAGGGCUCGACACUGGGACCCAACAAGCUGGUGGUGGACCUGAAGGACCCCAACCGCCCUCGCUUCACAAUGCAAGAACUUAAAGAGGUGCUGCAGGAGAGGAACCAACUCAAGGCCCAGCUACUUAUAGCUCAGGAGGAGUUGCAGCUAUACAAGAGUGGUCUUCUGUCAGGUCCAGCCCAGCCCACAGAGCUGGCCAUGGUGGAGGUGGAGCUGGAGUCUGCCCCCAGCACGCCAGCCAUCUCCCCUCACAUCACCACCAUCACAGAGGAGGAUGAGAGCAAAGAAGAGCCCAAAGAGGAAUCCAGGGAAGAGAAGACCGCCAUCCAAAAACUGUUUUCAUUCCGCCGGAAAUAGGAGACCCUUUGAUGACCAGCCUCGCAACUAGAGCCCUGACUUAGGUGACCAUUUUUUAUACACAGGUUAUAUUUUUUACAUGGAUGAUUGUCAAUGAUUGAACAAUUAUUUUUUAAAUUCCAGUUCGCUCACAUGUCAGUGCAGGGUGAUGAUAUACCCAUGUAAAAUAUGUUUGAGAUAAGAGACACACAGUGCCUUAUGGGUGAUUUUCUAAAUGCAGUGGAAAAACAAUGAGACUUCCACAGUGAAAUGUAAAAGUUUGGGCGCCCCUGGUCAAUAUGUCUGUUGCUGUGAAUAGCAAAGCAGGUGAAAGUGAUUUCCUAAAUGUACAGUACAAGAGGUCAAAUUUGUUUUGCUGCUCUCCUUUAUUUAAAUCAUUGACAUUCAUUUUUCAAAAUCCAGUUUCAUUUCUCCCUUAAAAUGGUGGAUUUUUAGUUUCCUUAAAAGGAGAGCUCAAAUCUCUUGGGAUGCCCAGACUGUUGUGAUACUUUUUUCCUUCUUCCAAUGGUUAAAAAAAAAAAAAAAAAAAACAGUUUAAUGUUCUAAUCACUUAACUAUUCAAAGUAACAGGAGUACAUUUUGACCAGGAGUGCCCAAACCUUUAAAUGCCAUAAAACUCAUAACACACAAAUAGACUCCACUGAGUGAGGUCACUUUCCUUAGCAGUAUUUAUAUCAAUCUUUAAGAAGAAUAAUUAUGCAUAAUCCCUAGACUGGGAUUAUUUUAUCAUUAAUCAUAGUUUUAAAUGUGUUCUUUACUUGUCUAUCAGAGGGAUGGGGUAGCUGGCCGAAUAGGGCUGAAAUUGUUUGUAAAUCAGUAACAUUCCAUUUUGGCAUUGAAGUAUGGGGUAAAAUCAGUGCAAACCAUAGACCCUUUCAACUGCAGAAACAAACAUGUGCGUUCCUAAGGCAUUUCCAGUAGCACAAAAAAUGCUACUGGUAACUUGGGACCAACAAAAAAGUAUUAAAGUCGACAUUUUGUAUAACAUUAUGCUAAAGUAUCUAGAUAGUUAGAUAGAUGCUUGAAUUUCCCCUUGGGGAUCAAUAAAGUAUCUGAUCUGCAUUGGUUUUGAAUGUUUCAACCAGAAACCCUCUAGGAACAGAUUGAAAGGGUCUAUAGGCAGUUUGUGGUUUCAUUUGGGCAAUGUGUUAAAAGUAAAUCAAUAAAAAUAGAAUCCAACCAGUAUCUAAAGAAACAUUAUUAGUGAAGCUUCUAUACAGUUGUAUUUUAUUGACAGCAACAAAUAGUUACACUGUAUUCACUGUGUGAUACUAUUUACAUAAAAUAAGAAAAUGGUGUUUUUCAAGCUUUAGUAAUAGGGUUGUUUAACAGUAUGAGAGCUCUGUUUAGCUGUAACAUUUCCUAUACAAUUUGUACAAACCCCUAGUUUUAAGAAAACACUAAUGUUUGUGUCAUUUGUUGUUAAAAAUAAACUUUUAAAAGAG